AUGGCUGCCAUUUCUCAAACCUCCAUAGCCACCGCUAUCACCCUAUCUCCUUUAUCUCUUCUGUCCCAAAGUUCCUUUUACUUCCCUUUAAAACCACCAGGAACCACCGCCCAACCGCCACUCACUUCACUUACUCUCUCUAAACCCAACCACCGCCGUCAUUUCACUUCCUGCGCCUCGCCAUUUCUCCUAUCUUCACCCCCUUCUCUUUCUAAACCCCAAAAUCUUGAACCUUUUCCCCCCUUAGAGUCUAAUUAUUAUUCACUUCAGUCCAACACUGACUGUCUCAUUGACGUUGAUGAUUUAUUCAAUUUGCUUCGAUUGUCGGUCAAGUACACUGACGUUGACCUUGCAAGAGCCCUACAUGCUUCCAUUCUAAAACUUGAAGAGGAUACCCAUCUGAGCAAUGCUGUCAUUGCAGCUUAUCUCAAGUUGAGUCUUGUUGUUGACGCUUAUGGGGUUUUUAUGGGAAUGUCUACCCCUGAUGUGGUGUCUUACAGUGCUUUAAUUUCUAGUUUUGCUAAGUCGAAUCGAGAAAUGGAAGCCGUUCAACUUUUCUUUAGAAUGAGGGGUUCAGGUAUUGAGCCUAACGAGUACAGUUUUGUUGCUAUUUUAACUGCAUGUAUUAGGAGUUUGGAAUUGGAAUUGGGAUUGCAAGUUCAUGCUUUGGCAAUCAAGAUGGGUUAUUCACAACUUGUCUUUGUUGCUAACGCUUUAAUAGGUUUGUAUGGCAAGUGUGGUUGUUUGGACUAUGCGAUUCAAUUGUUUGAUGAAAUGCCUCGAAGAGAUAUUGCAUCAUGGAAUACCAUGAUUUCGAGUGUGGUGAAAGAGUUAUCAUAUGAAAAAGCGUUAGAAUUGUUUCGUGUCUUGAACCAAACUAAGGGGUUUAAAGCUGAUCAAUUUACGCUUUCGACACUUUUGACUGCUUGUACUAGGUGCCAUGCUGUGAUGGAAGGUAGAGAGGUUCAUGCUCAUGCCAUUAGAAUUGGAUUAGAGAACAAUUUGAGUGUGAGCAAUGCCAUUAUCGGGUUCUACACUAAGUGUGGAAGUCUGAACCAUGUGGUGGCUCUGUUUGAGAGGAUGCCAUUCAGAGAUGUAGUUACUUGGACCGAGAUGAUUACAGCAUAUAUGGAAUUUGGGUUGGUGGAUUUGGCUGUAGACGUGUUUAACAAGAUGCCAGAAAAGAAUUGUGUGUCUUAUAAUGCACUUUUGGCAGGAUUUUGCAGAAAUUAUGAAGGGUUGAAGGCACUCAAUUUAUUCGUUAAGAUGGUCCAAGAGCGACUAGAGUUAACAGAUUUCACAUUGACAAGUGCCAUUAAUGCUUGCGGAUUGCUCAUGAAAUUGGAAAUUAGUAGGCAAAUUCAUGGGUUUGUCGUCAAGUUUGGUUUCAGGUCAAAUGCUUGUAUUGAAGCAGCUCUGAUUGAUAUGUGCUCGAAGUGUGGAAGGAUGGAUGAUGCCGAUAAGAUGUUUCGAAGUUGGUCAUCUGAUGGGGACAACUCAGUAAUCCAAACGUCAAUGAUAUGUGGGUAUGCUCGAAAUGGGCUGCCAGAGGAGGCAAUUUAUCAUUUCCAUCGUAGUCAGUCAGAGGGGACAAUGGUUCUAGACGAAGUUGCUUUCACUUCAGUACUUGGCGUCUGUGGAACUUUAGGGUUCCAUGAUAUGGGGAAGCAAAUCCACAGUCAUGCUCUUAAAACUGGGUUUCAUACUGAAGUGGGGGUUGGAAAUUCCAUAAUUAGUAUGUAUUCUAAGUGUUACAACAUAGAUGAUGCAAUUAAGUCUUUCAAUACUAUGCCAGCACACAAUGUAGUUUCAUGGAACGGUUUGAUUGCAGGCCAUCUUCUUCACUGGCAGGGCGAUGAGGCCUUGGCUAUCUGGUCAAGUAUGGAGAAGGCAGGCAUAAAGCCGGAUUCAAUCACAUUCCUUUUGAUUGUUUCAGCUUAUAAAUAUACUAGCUCAAAUUUACUGGAUGAUUGUCGCAGUUUGUUUAUCUCAUUUAAAACGAUUCAUCACCUGGAGCCCACUUCAGAGCAUUAUGCCUCCUUGGUUGGCGUUUUGGGGUACUGGGGCCUCCUUGAAGAAGCAGAGGAGUUGAUCCAUAAGAUGCCUUUUGAGCCUAAGGCUUCUGUUUGGCGAUCUUUGCUUGAUAGUUGUAGACUCCAUGCAAACUCAGGCAUUGGGAAACGUGUUGCAAAGCACAUAAUUGAGAUGGAACCACAGGAUCCUUCCACUUAUGUGCUUGUAUCAAAUCUAUAUGCUGCUUCUGGGAGGUGGCAUUGCUCGGAAAUGGUCAGGGAGAAUAUGAGGGACAGGGGGCUUCGAAAGUACCCAUGUCGAAGUUGGAUUAUAGAUCAGAAGAAGCUUCAUACAUUCUAUGCAAGAGAUAAAUCUCAUCCCCAAGCAAAAGACAUCUAUAGUGGAUUAGAUAUACUAAUCUUGGAAUGCCUAAAAGUUGGAUAUGAACCAGACACGAGCUUUGUGCUUCAUGAAGUUGAGGAGCAGCAAAAGAAGGAUUUCUUGUUCUAUCACAGUGCAAAACUAGCUGCAACCUAUGGACUUCUGACGACUAGACCUGGAGAACCCAUUCGGGUUGUGAAGAACAUCCUUCUAUGUAGGGAUUGUCAUACAUUCUUGAAAUAUGCAUCAGCAGUCACCGGAAGAGAGAUACUUUUAAGGGAUCCUUCUGGGUUUCAUUGUUUUUGUAAUGGUCAAUGUUCGUGCAUAGGUAAUUAA